UGUUCUUGACUAUCGUAUUUCUCAAUUACUGGACUAUUACUUUUCUGCAAUAAAUUCAGUCAUUAAAAUUAAAUAAUUUAACGUCAUAAAAAAAAUAAUUGUUUAUUCUAAGUUAAAAAAUUUAAUAAUGAACGCGGUGAAAUUUGAAAUUACUUGGACUAUCCAAGGAUUGAAUUAAUCAAGGCCGUUAGUUGAUUAAUCGAAACAUGGCUCAAAUCAUUACCAGUUCGAUGGAGACACUGAUACUAAGAUUGAUGUCUUUCUGCCAACUUUGUCAAUUAUUCUCACUCAAUAUAUAUUAACUCGUUUUUCCAAAGCUCGCUGUCGCUCUUCCGCAUUUAAAACAGCUUCAAUAUAUUUUUCUUCAUCCCAUAUAUAUUUUUUAUUUCAUUCAAAAGUACAUUCUCAGUUAAUAAAAAAUCGCAGAUCAAAAGUAUAAAUAAAAAUAAAUUUUUAAUUUUAAUAAAUUAAACCCCGUAUUUAUUUCUACACGGAGAAAACGAGUCUCGAAAAUAUUUAAAUACUAAUUAUAUUUUAGUAAAAAAUACUGAUACAAAUCAAUAAGUGCAUCUCUUCUACUAUUUACUACUAAAUGUAUAUUAAAAAUUCUAAAACAGUAAGUAAUACUAUACAAUUAUCUGAAAAAUUUUUAUAUUAUUACUUUAAUUACUUAUUCAUUCGUAUUCUUUGUUAAUCGAAUAGCAAAUUUUAUAAAGAAAAUAUUAAAUUAUUACUAAGCGUUUAGUAAUACAUUUUAUUCUACGGUAUUCAACAAUUUUUACUCUGGAAGAAUAUACACUGUAAAAAGAGCGGUGUUAAGGGGUUAGGGGUAGUCAGAAUUUUCAAAAAAUCGAUUUUUUUUUUUUUGCAUUUUCUUAAAGUAUAAUAUUUUAAAAAUAUUGUGUGAAAAUUUGAAGUGAAUCCGACAAAUUCUUUUCGAGUUAUUUAACAAUGACCAAAGGACGCUCGGGUGCUACGUGGCAUUCGAGAGCAGGUAGCUAGAAACAGCUGCAAGCAACCGACUUUUCGGGUUUCAUUGUCAUGAAUAUCUCCCCAUUUUAAUGUAUUUAUAAUUAUAUAUAUAUAUAUAUAUAUAUAUAUAUAUAUCCUUCUACAUAUAUUCACAAUUUGUAGGUAGUACAAGAACUGAAAAAUAAUUUUUGGUUGCCAGUAUACCUGUAGUCGUUGCACUGAUCAGUCGAUAGUUUUGUGAUAAAUUAUUUCUCAAGUGAAUUAAAUUAUUAACCAUGGGACGUGAUUCUAGAAAGGUUUCAAGAGAACUUCGGAGUUCUGAAAAAAUUAAUAAGUCGCGUUCAGUCAAAAGAAAGAAUGUUUUUAAUCCGAAAACAGCCGAACGUGAUGAAAGUAUUCAGAGUACAUCUUCUAAAAAAUUAAAACAAAACACUGAAGAUGAUGUACCUGAAGACAGCAGUACUGAAUUUCGAAUAAUAAAUUUUAUUCAGGUAUUCACUGCAAUUUCUGCUCUUAUAAAAUGUAAAAAAUGUGAUGGAAAUGUAGUGUUUCAAACAGCAAGUACACGUGGGCUGGGAUUCAAAAUUGUAGUUGCAUGUAAUAACUGUGGAAAUGAAUAUAUUCCUUCCUGUUCUUUCGUUGGGCAUUCUUAUGAAAUAAACAGACGUUUCAUUUUUGUAAUGAGAAUACUAGGAAUAGGAUACGAAGGAUUGUGCAAGUUUUGCGGCCUGAUGGACAUGCCGUCUUUUUUAGAUAAAUCUACGCAUACAAUUUUACUGAAACAGAUUUUGAAUUGUAGUAAAGCCGUCGCAGAAACCUUCAUGACGAAAGCUGUGAAUGAAGAAAAGCAAGCAAUGCCAACAACUGAAAAUGAAGAUAUAAAUCAUCUAACUGUAUCGGGAGAUGGAACCUGGCAAAAACGGGGAUAUACAUCGUCAUUUGGAGUUUCUUCUAUAAUUGGCUAUUUUACUGGAAAGAUUCUUGACAUAAACAUUAAAAGUGCAUAUUGUAAGCUAUGUGAGUAUUGGAAAAAAAAAACAAAUACUGUUGAGUUCGAGGAAUGGUAUCAAUCGCAUGAAGAUGUGUGUUCUGCUAAUCAUCAAGGGUCUUCUGGGAAAAUGGAGGUGGAUGCGAUGGUCGAAAUGUUUUCGUAUUCUGAAACUAAAUAUGGAGUUAAGUAUGCCAACUAUAUUGGUGAUGGUGACUCCAAGACCUAUUCAGGAAUUAUAAAAUCAGAUCCUUACGAAAAUACAACUGUAAAUAAAAAGGAAUGUAUAGGGCAUGUCCAAAAGCGGAUGGGGAGUCGAUUACGUACGCUGAAGAGUAAACAAAAAGGUCUUGGUGGUCGAGGUAAGCUCACAGGAAAAUUAAUAGACAAACUAACUGUGUACUAUGGUUUAGCAAUACGCCGGCAUUGUGAUUCUAUUGAAAAUAUGAAAUCUGCUAUAAUGGCAACCUUUUAUCACUACGGCUCGAGUGAUGAAAAACCGAAUCAUGAUAUGUGUCCAAAAGGCGAAGAAUCUUGGUGCUCUUACCAGCGCGCUGAAGCAAGAGGAGAGCUUGAUACCUUUUCUCACGAUUAUUCUCCUUUACCUUCUGAUGUUUUAAAAGCUAUCAAGCCUAUAUACGAAGAUCUUAGUAAUGAAAAUUUACUUUCAAGAUGUGUAGGUGGAUUCAAUCAGAAUAAUAAUGAAAGCUUUAACCAACUAGUAUGGAAAAUAUGCCCAAAAACGUCUUGAUGAAUACACUAGGACUUAAUUGUGGGCCUAAUUCUCAUCGGUAUGCAGAAAGAAUGGAUGCUGCACGUAUCAAAGUAGCAGAUAAGCGCGCUAAUGAUAACACCCGAGAAGGUCGAUUGCAACGUAGGCACCAGCAAAUCGAUAUUUUGGAAGCUGCUAUGUCGGCUGAAGAGCUAUUAUAUGGUCCAGGAAUAGAUGACUCAGUAUGAAUCUCCAAGGACUUAUGAUGAUCACCGCAAAGGACUUCGGGAGGAACGGGCUCUACAAAAACAGCGAUAACUUUUUGAAUUAUUAAUUUUUUUUUUUGAAAUUUUCGUGAAGUCAAAUCGAAACGUGUUCUAAUAAAGCUAUGUUUUUAUUUUUGUCAAAUAAAGUAAUUAACUACAAAAAAAAAAUUAUUGAAAAUCAUCAUUUUUUCAUACCCCUGAGUACCCCUAACCCCUUAAAAAUGGACUCAUUUUAACUCCGCCCGGUGUUAAAAUAAAAUUACACCGGUGUAGGAGGAGUAAUUCACCGGUGUUAAAAAUACCGGUGUUAAAUCAGGGUAACCGGUGUAAAAGCGGAGUAAAAUCGGUGUAAAAGCGGGGUAACCGGUGUAAAAACGGAGUAAUAUCGGUGUAAAAGCGGGGUAACCGGUGUAAAAGCAGAGUAAACUGCGUCC